AGGAGCAGUCGGGAGGAAACGGACUGAAGGGGCACAACGAAAACACGACACAAAACUCCCGACGCACAGCCCUUAAAUUAACACUUUUUAUAUUGUAUUUCUUCCGCGAAGAAACCUCAAGUUUGUAUAUUUAUCGACAGAAAGUCACGUCUACCUCAUUUUAAGGAUUUUAAUCCGCCGUUUACAGUUUUCCUCGGCCGCAGGACUCCCUUUUAUACCGUGCACUCGUCUCCUCUCCCGUGCACUCGUCUCCUCUCCCGUGCACUCGUCUCCUCUCCCGUGCACUCGUCUCCUCUCCUGUGGACGAUGUCCCUCCUGAGUCCUCCUGCCAGCAGAUGAUCCAGGACCUUCAUUGAUGCACUUUAGCACUUUUUCCGGAGCCUCCCCCAGCAGCUGAUGACCAAAGUGAGCGCCUCCCCCCCCCAGCAGGAUGUUCCAGAGGUUCGCCAGCGCUCUGUUCGGGGACGAGGAUCCGCCGAGCCGAGGAGCAGGACCCGGAGACGACAAGGAGGAGGAGGAGGAGGAAGAGGAGGAGUGGAUCCUGGUCAACUACCUGGCUGAAGCCCGGUGUGUGAACCUCCCUGGGUCCUCUGCUGCUCCCCAGGAGGAGGAGGAAGAGGAGGAUGAGGAGGACCUGGUGAUGAUUCCCUCCCUCAGGGCCAGCCCCAUCCGCUACGCCUCCUGCACCUCCCUCAACUCCACGGCUGGUGCUGAGGAGGAGGAGGAGGAGGAGGAGGAUGAAGAAGAGGAGGAAGAGGAGGAAGAGGAGGGGGGGUUCCAGCGCCUGGACGCCUGCUCCAUGGAGGAGAGCUGGUUCGUCACCCCCCCGCCCUGCUUCACGGGCCGCGGCAGCCUGCUGGAGUCCAGCCCCCUGGAGAACCUGCUGAUCGAGCACCCCAGCAUGUCCGUGUAGGCCCCCCCCCGGCCCCGUCUGGACCCCCGACCAGCCCCCGCCAUCACCUCCUCCAUCACCUCCUCCAUCACCUCCUCCAUCACCUCCAGGGGGAAGAAGAAGGGCCGGCGCUCCCUGGACGGCCAGCGACACAGGCCGGAGGUGGCGGUUGUCCCUCGGCGCUCCAGCCUCCACUCGGCCUGCUACGCCCGUGCCGGCCUCCUGCAGCCGUGGGUAGGAAACCCCGCGCAACGCACCCAACAGCUGUCCCGCAACGCCCUGCGCCGCCUCAACCUGCUGCGCCCCCCGAAGCCCCCCCAACACCUGCACCAGCCCAGCCAGAGACACCUCAACUUCUGACGCCCCCCCCCCCCCCACACCUCCUACAGAUGAGUCACUUCCUGGCGAAAUGAAGGCCCCGCCCCAUUUCGUCGGUUAAAAUGAAACGUCA